AUGGCAAAUAAAAUACUUGAUCCAAUCUUUAGAUUAUACGAUCCAAUUCGUUAUUCAUUUAACAAGAAAAAAGAGGAUUAUAUUAUCAUCUCACCCACUGUUGGUUCUAAAUCCCAAUUGAAUGAUGGUGGUAGAAUUACCUUCGAAAUAAAUUCAUUAUCGAAUUGGUUGCUUCUUUCCGAUGCUUAUUUCAGAUGCGAUUUCAAAAUCAAAGACGCCACUCAGAAUCAAGUUCCACAAACAAAUACAACGUUAGAAAACAAUUUCUUUCCAUCUUUAUUUAGCGAGAUGGUUUUGGAAGCUGGUUCAAAUCUGAUAGAAACAAUCAAACAUCCUGGGGAAUUCGACACAAUGUUGAAAACAGUUUUAUAUCCUAACGAUUUCGAUUCAGUCUCAGGUUGGAUACCCGAUGUUGGCGAUGGAAGUAUUUUAAAGGAACCGGUAAGAAAUCUUGCAAAUGAUGCCGAUUUAGCUAGAGUGAGAGUUGUUGCUCAAAACACGAUAGAAAGAGUAGGACGAGCAGUUAAUCAUGGAUUCGAAAAACGAGUACUUCAGUAUAAUAAUGUUGUUGAGAAUAAUAGGUGGGGUAAUUACGUAAAUUGGAAAUUAUAUCCUUUACUCGGUCUAUUGGAACAUAGAAAAGUUUCCAUAGGCUUAACAUAUAAAAUUCAAAUUCAAAGAGAAAUCAACGACGAUAAGAUAUUCUUUGGAGAGAAUGGUUCAGAUGUAAAAUUAGAAAUAACGAAUCUCCAACUUUUCAUACCGUUAAUAACACCAUCAAUUGAAGUAGAAACGAAAAUAUUCAACUCGUUAACUAAAGAUAUUGAAAUAGCUUUUCUUCAUCGUAACACUGUAGGUAGCAUAACUUUAACUGGAGAAUCCACCACAUGGCCAAUCACUAACACUAUUAAACCAGCAAGAUAUUUAAUAGUUGGUUUCAAGAACUUACCAGAUUCUCAAACGAAUAACAAUAAUGUCUUUAGAGUGGCAAUGAACCAAACUCAAGAUCCUUUAAUCCAUAAAGUUCAAGUAAGAUUGAACAACGAUAAUUAUCCUAACCAACCUUUAACAAUUAAUCCAACCACAAAGGAUUAUAAUGACUUGUAUAGAAACUAUAAAAAUGUGUGUGAAUUAUUCGGAAAUCUACCUCAGUUUGAAUAUGUAGAUUUUGCACUUAAUCAUCCAAUCUUCUGUUUUGAUCUUUCAGCUCACCAAGAAGAUCUUUUCAAAACAGGAGUGAACAUAAAUAUUCAUAUUGAAAAAACACAAGGAGAUGUAACAGGUUAUUGUUUAUUAUUAUUUAACAUUUAA